AUGGGCUUCUUCUACCAACAAAGCAAACCAAUACAACCACUCUUCCACAAGCCGACGUGGUCUUUCCCGACAUACGACGAUCAAGCAUCAAUUCAUCUCAAUAGUCGGACACGGAAAAGACACAGAGACAACAGACCCGACGAGGAGUCAAUAUAUGGUGCGUCCGAAGGCUAUGAUGCUAUCACUAUGAGCACGAUCAACAAGCUCUACGAUGCCCAACGGCAGCAUCCUCAUGCUUCGCCAGUUUACUCGGAGACGGAUACAAUGAGCUCGACCAGCACCGUACCAGCGCAACGCAGUACAUUGCACUCCUUCUGGCGAAUACCCAAGGCUCCAGCGACUGUGCCAAUGGCAUUGGAGGUUAAUGAAAGACUUGUGACGGAUAUGGAGGCUUUUUGCGAGGACUGCGACAAACCACUGAGACACACCGAUGCAAUGGAUAUCGACCAACAUUUUCUGGAAGAAGACACGAGCUGUAAGCUCUGCCAGCGGAUGAUCUGCGAUACUUGUGCAGUGCUAGGCGACGUUCGCGUGUGUUUGCCGUGCGCAAGCAACUAA